AUGUCGCCACCACCGCAGCUUUGUUUCCCAUUUACGAACAAGGCAAAGGGCCUCGUAACCCACCAUCCCAAUGAUUCUGCGUCCACUGCGACCCUCACUUCGAUGACUUCUGCAGCUACCAAGCUCCAUUUCACAGAAGACACCGAAUCUUACUUCCAGACGACUACGCCGCCUAUUCCAUCACGAACUACGUCAGCUGGUUCUGUGGAAAAGCCGGGUGGUCUCAAGAGAGCCUUCACUUGGAGACGCCACGAGAGCACUUCAACUCUUGUCAGUGAAGAUCACAGUUUCAAGAAGACAGAUGAGCCAGCCGAGAUUGUUGUCGACACUGCGCUCAGGCUCAACGCCUUACGAAAGAAGAUGGCUGAAGAAACCAUAGAUUAUUUUCCUGGUGGCUGGUCCUUCCCAGCCUCGCAUAAGCAACCGGCUGUUAGCCGGAUAAACAAGCGUUUAGGCGCGGAAGUGUUGCCUAAACAAGCAGGAGGCAUGGCUACUUGGGGUAGGCCGAUUGCAGGGCGGACCCCGUUUAUUAUUCCCGCCGAAGAUGGUCAUCUAUCGGAAUAUGUCGCCGCCUCAGACAAACGUUUGCACUGGAUAUCGAGUUUUACCGGAUCGGCCGGAACUGCGAUUGUAUCUAAACGAUCUGCCUAUCUAUUCGUUGACUCUAGAUAUUGGGUUCAAGCCGAGCGCGAGCUCGACAGCAACUGGACCGUGAUGAAGACUGGUACAGCAGAGAUCAAGGAUUGGCUCGACUGGGCAAUUACGUGCCCAAGAGGCAGCAAACUCGCGAUCGAUUCGCGCAUGAUCUCGCACGAGCGAGCUACCAGGUUGUACAAGGGUCUCUAUGACCGCGGAAGCAAGCUCUCUCACCCACGCCAAAACUUGGUCGAUUUGAUCUGGGAAGACCGACCAAAGCGGCCAAGGGAUCCCGUCUAUGUGCAACCCGUAGAAUUCACCGGCAGGGAUAUCAAGGAGAAACUUAGUGAUAUUCGCAGGUGGAUUCGCAAGCAGAAUGCCGCGUUGGCCAAGGAGAAGGGAGGCCUCAAUCGCUCAGCCUCCUCGGCAUCGAAUACCAAGCCGACCAAGCCGAGGGAGAAUGUGAAGAGAUCCAACAGCGUAUCAGCCACGACCCCACCACCUAUCAAGGGUGCGACUCCCGCAUCUGCCGUUCCAGCGAGACUCACCAGCCCCCCUGGUGUAAAGAGGAGCAAUUCAGUGCCAGGUGCCAGCCCCGCUCUUGGCGGUCCCGAUAGACUCGCUGCCGUCUUCCUCUCUGAUCUCGCCUCUAUUGCCUAUGUUCUCAACUUGCGAGGCAGCGACAUUCCAUUCAAUCCAGUGUUCACAGCCUACCUCUUGGUCAGUGCAGAGGGCAAGACGGUGCUCUUUAUUGAAGCACACAAGGUUCCAAAGGAAGUCAGAGACUAUCUCCACGAGAAUGGCGUCAGCAUCCGCGAAUAUGGAGAGGUUUGGACCUUCCUCCGUGGAAAGCAAUGGGGCGAAGGAAAAGUCAUCAUCCACCCCAAUACUCCAUAUGCCGUUUCUCUCAUCAUUGGGUCCAACCGCUAUACAGUCCUUCCAUCCUUUGUAGAGGAGACCAAGGCCGUGAAGAACUCGGUUGAAAUUGGCGGAAUGCGCGAUGCCUAUCUUCGAGAUGGUGCGGCGGUCGUCCGGUGGCUCGCAUGGUUAGAGGACAAGUUUUCAAAGGGCUACGAAAUUACAGAAUGGGAAGCGUCUGAGAAGCUCAAUUACUUCCGCGAACACGAGUUGCUUGCCGAUGGUGAAGCUUCCAUGUAUAUGGGUCCAGCCUACGAGAAUAUUGUUGCUACAGGGUCGAAUGCUGCCCUCCCACACUAUAACCCCACGAGGAACGGAAGCAAAGUCAUUUCUCGCCACGAGCCAUUCCUUUUCGAUUCUGGAGGACAAUAUCGCGAUGGAACUUGCGAUACCACGCGAACUGCCACUCCUUUGCAACCCGGCCACAUCAUCACCAACGAGCCCGGCUACUACAAGGACGGCGAGUUUGGCGUGCGCAUCGAGUCAACUCUUUUGGUUAAGGAGACCACAACCAAGAGCCAAAAGGAUGAAGAAACUUGGCUCACCUUUGAACGACUCACUCAGGUGCCCAUCCAAACCAAGAUGGUUAGGGCUAGUAUCUUGUCCAAGGAGGAAAGGCAAUGGAUCAAGGAUCACAAUGCCGAAGUUCGUCGAAGGUUGGAGCCCUAUCUACAAGAUGACAAGAGGGCUCUGAAAUGGUUGAUCCGCGAGUCCAAGAAGGGAUUCGGAAACGAAGGCAAAGGAUCAGCCGGUUUAUCCAUCGAAUGGGAUUAG